CACCCAAAAAUUUCACAUCACCAUCAGGAUUCACCAGCAAUGACCUCUCCUCUCAAGUUUGAGGUGUUUUCUUGUCUUCGGGUUUUGCUUGUUUAAAAGCUGACACAUGUAGUGGACAAGUUUGGAAUCGGAUUUGGGAUCGUCUACCAUGGAUUAUCUGCAACCUUUGAUUGAGUUUACGGUCAUCGUUCUUUUCCUAGCUGCGCAUUCAAAAGGUGAAACAUGGGGUUUGCAAGUCAACCGAACCGUCACUGCGGUGAAAGGCCAAAGUGUGACCAUCCCAUGUACGUUCAGUUACCCGCCGAAUCAGCACACGGGGAACCUACAGCUUUUCUGGAAACUGCCGGAGAAAUGCAGAUUUAAUACCUACGACAAGGAUCGCCACGCAUUCAUUUAUCACCCCAAUAGCACAUUUGUGGUGGAGAGGUACCAAGGAAAAACCAGGUUGUUAGGAAUGAAAAGCGACAAGAGUUGCACACUCAGGAUUCAAAAGUUAAUGGACAGCCGACUGGUUAUUUUCUUCAGGAUCAUUGCCAAGAAUGACAACUAUAGUUUUUAUAAAAAAAGUGUCACGAUAUUUGCGUCAGAUGCUGCACCAGUCUCUCCUAAUCCAGGAAUUAUUUUCCCAACUUCAGCCUUCCCAAACGGUCAACAAUCUCUAAUGAACAGAGAUAAGUGGCAAACCAUCUACAUCUCCAUCUUUGUACCGCUUGUGGCAGUCGGGAUCCUUCUGGCUGCUGGGUUUCUUGUUUGGAAAAAGCACAAUAGGUCACAAUCGUUUCUGAGGGGGGGCUCUGGACAUUAUGCAAACUUUAGUAGAGCAUCUCCAAACCCACCAACGAGAAAAGAAAAUCACAACAAACAAGACGAUACAAAUCUUCCAGACGGGAAGGUUGUGGAGGAACCGGUUUAUAUUAAUGUGCAGCAAGCGGCAUUUCAGACGGACGCACGAGGAGGGGAUCACGACAUAUAUGAAAAUGUGGCUUAUAUGACUAAAUAACACAAUCGAGUCUUCCUUUUUGGCCACAAAAAUGAAAAUUGAUAGCUGUGAGAUUAAUAUAUGAAUCAAGACAAUUUUUUUUUUUCUGUAAAAAGUGGUAAGUCUAUGACCAAUGGAAACGUGGGCGAUAACAGUUCAGGGAAUUGUCUUCUUUGUCUUGCACAAUGUCAAUGGGUUUGUCAACUCACUUCCUGUGUCGUGAGCACUUACGAAACUUCUGCUCUGCGCAUUUCAAGAGAUUGAAAUUGGAAACGGCAUCCAGUGGAUAUGCAUGUACUUUUCUUACCACCAGGAAAUUUCUAGCAAACUUCCCUCCCACUCUGUUCCAAAACAAAACACUGUGAUGA